AAACACAGCAUCCAAUUUUUCCAAGGGGUACCAGACAAAGACAAUAUCACAGAAUGGUUUGGAGAUACCCGACGUAGAAUUUUAGUCUUGGAUGAUUUGAUGGCAGAUGGAGGAGACAAUAAAGAAAUUCUAAAUUUGUUUACCCAAUAUUCUCACUACAUGAAUGUCACCGUAUGUUAUCUAUGUCAAGCCAUGUUCCCGCAAGGAAAAUACGCCAAGACGAUUUCUACAAAUGCACAAUACAUCGUCGCAUUUAAAAAUGCGAGGGAUAAAAUAGGAUUACGGAAUUUACUGCUACAGAUUAACCCUACGGAUUGGUGUCAGGUGAUAGAUGUGUUUAAUGCGUGUACGGACAGAUCCUAUGGAUAUUUGUGUUUUGACGUACACCCAGCCAGUAGAGAUUUUAUGAGACUUGUAAGCCACCUCUUAAAACACGAAGGGUGCAUGCAGUGUUAUCGAUAA